AUGUCAGCUGUCAAUGGCACCAAAUUUCAAUUUGCAGUGUUCCUUCUGAGCGGGUUACCUGGACAGGAAGACAUUCAUCUCUGGAUCUCUAUCCCCUUCUGCUUCAUGUAUGUUAUUUCGAUAGUAGGAAAUUCGGUCAUUCUCUUCAUUAUAAAAACCAACCCAAGCCUCCAUGAACCCAUGUACAUUUUCCUUUCCAUGUUGGCCAUCACAGAGCUUGGCAUAUUGAUAGCCACCAUACCGACAAUACUGGGCAUAUACUUGUUUAACUCUAGGGAGAUCAGCCUCAAUGCCUGUUUUGCCCAGCUGUUCUUCAUCCACUCGCUUCAAUGCAUUGAAUCCGCUGUGCUCUUGUUGAUGGCCUUUGAUCGCUUCAUUGCUAUUUGUAACCCACUGAGAUAUGCUUCCAUCUUAACUCUGCCGAAAAUACCCAAGAUGGGACUGGUGUGUGUGCUAAGAGGGAUUGCCGUAGUAUUCCCACUCCCCUUGUUCCUGAAACAGUUCCAAUAUUGUCGAGCCAAUGUCCUCUCCCAUUCCUACUGCCUCUUCCAGGAGGUCAUGAAGAUGGCUUGUUCGGAUAUCAGUGUCAACAGCACCUAUGGAUUGUUUGCUAAACUCCUAACGAUGGGGUUGGACUCGCUGCUCAUCUUGCUCUCUUACAUAAUGAUCCUGAAAACAGUGCUUAGUAUCGCGUCCUUCAAGGAGUGCCUCAGGGCCUUGAACACCUGUAUCUCCCACCUCUGCGCCGUCCUGCUCUUCUACACACCAGAGCUCGGUCUCUCUGUGGUACACAGAUUUGGGAAGGGCUCUUCUCCCUUACUUCAGAUUCUCCUGGGAUACAUUUCCCUGCUGGUCCCACCCCUGAUUAAUCCAAUAGUGUACAGCUUGAAAAGCAAACACCUUCGUGCGAGAAUACUCAGGGUGUUCAUUAAGUGA